ACCUUACAACCAUUGCUACACGUAUACGUUACAAUUGCACAAUGUCGUUCUCCAACUUUUCACUUGCCUCCGAGUUGCCAGCCUGGAAGACCUUGGAAGCUACCUACAAGACCACCGGUGAAAAAUUCCAGGUCAAGGAAGCUUUCGACAAGGAUGCGUCCAGAUUCGACAAGUUUUCGAAGACGUUCACCAACUACGAUGGCUCCAAGAUUUUGUUCGACUUCUCUAAGAACUUGGUAGAUGACGAGAUCUUGGCCCAAUUGGUGCAAUUGGCCAAGGAAGCCAAUGUAGAGGGCUUGAGAGACGCCAUGUUCAAAGGUGAAAAGAUCAAUGAGACCGAAGACAGAGCCGUUUACCACGUUGCUUUGAGAAACAGAGCCUUGAAGGUCAUGGAAGUCGAUGGCAAGAACACAGCCACCGAAGUCGACGAUGUGUUGCAACACAUGAAGGAGUUCUCCGAAGAAAUCAGAUCCGGAUCCUGGACCGGUUACACUGGUAAGGCCAUCACCGACGUAGUCAAUAUUGGAAUUGGUGGUUCUGACUUGGGUCCAGUUAUGGUCACUGAAGCCUUGAAGGCCUACUCCAAGCCUGGCUUGAAUGUUCACUUUGUUUCCAACAUCGAUGGUACCCAUUUGGCCGAGACUCUCAAGAACUUGAACCAAGAAACUACCUUGUUCUUGAUUGCUUCCAAGACUUUCACCACUGCUGAAACGACCACCAACGCCAAUUCUGCCAAGAAGUGGUUCUUGGAAGCUGCCAAGGACCAGGCCCAUAUCGCUAAGCAUUUCGCAGCCUUAUCUACUAAUGCUGACGAAGUUUCCAAGUUCGGAAUUGACACCAAGAACAUGUUCGGAUUUGAGAACUGGGUCGGAGGUCGUUACUCCGUGUGGUCUGCAAUUGGCUUGUCUGUUGCUAUCUUCAUUGGCUUCGAGAACUUCAACAACUUCUUGAAGGGUGCUGAAGCUCUCGACAAGCAUUUUACCGAGACUCCUUUGGCUGAAAACAUUCCAGUCUUGGGUGGUUUAUUGUCGGUAUGGUACAACAACUUCUUUGGCGCACAGACCCACUUGGUGGCUCCAUUUGACCAAUACUUGCACAGAUUCCCUGCCUACUUGCAACAAUUGUCGAUGGAAUCCAAUGGUAAGUCUGUCACCAGAGGUAACGACUUCACCAACUACCAGACUGGAACUAUCUUGUUUGGUGAGCCAGCUACCAAUGCCCAACAUUCGUUCUUCCAGUUGGUCCACCAAGGUACCAAAGUCAUUCCUUCCGACUUCAUCUUGGCUGCUCAAUCGCACAACCCAAUCGAAAACAACUUGCACCAGAAGAUGUUGGCUUCCAACUUCUUUGCUCAAGCUGAAGCUUUGAUGGUUGGAAAGGACGAAAACCAGGUCAAGGCCGAGGGUGCUACCGGGGGCUUAGUUCCUCACAAGGUCUUUUCCGGUAACAGACCUACCACCUCUAUCUUGGCCCAGAAGAUCACUCCAGCUGCCUUGGGUGCUUUGAUCGCCUACUAUGAACACUUGACAUUUGUUGAAGGUGCCAUCUGGAACAUCAACUCUUUUGAUCAAUGGGGUGUCGAGUUGGGCAAGGUCUUGGCCAAGGUUAUCGGUAAGGAAUUGGAAGACAACUCCAAGAAGGUUACCACUCAUGACCAAUCAACCAAGGGCUUGAUCAACCAGUUCAAGGAAUGGGCCGAAUAACUAGAUAUGGCCAGGGAGAACCUGAAAUUGUAGUUUUCUAAAUUAAUGCAUUUCUAUAAUUUUGGCUUUUUUUGGUCUUUGGUACUUUGCUGAACAAUCUCAUCUUGCAAUCGUCGCCUCCAUAUCUCUGAUUUCUAGUUAUGGUUAAUGUAUUUCGUGUAUUUGUGA